AUGGCACCGCGGAAGUGCCCAAACAGUGUUGCCCCAGAUCCUAGUCCCAUUGAACAUGAAGGCGAGUUCACGGAUGCUGUGGAAGAUGAUGUAGAAGUCGAGAUUGAAGACAUAAUCAAACAUAUGGAUGGAGCGGCGGUUCCCGAUGGCCUCGAGGCAGUUCAAGGCAGUCUCCAGACAGCUUCAACCUGUGCUGAGGAGGCUGAAAUUGAGGAGCUUGGCAACAUCUCCACACUCCCUGUGCCUAUUCAUGGGCAGGAACUUGGCCGUGGAAUGCGAGCAAGGAAUAAGACAAUGAAAAGCAAGCCAGUUGAGGACGAACAUCGAGUUCAGUAUUACUCUGGUGAAAUAGCCUCCAUAGAGAUGUUCAAACGCAUAGAAGAGAAAGCACCAGAGGGGAUGAAGGAUGACUGA